AUGGCUGCACGACCUUACGGGAAACUGGAGGAUGCCCCCGCAAACCGGCGGGGUAUCGCCUUCAACGAUGCCAGCCUCGUUCACCUCUUCAACACGCCCGGCUCGAAGACUACUUGGAAGUACAACUGGUGGUCCCUGGACAACGGAAACGGGCGAAAUGGCGGAACGGCGCACGAAUUCGUUCCCAUGCUACACUCGGAUCGCCCCGACCAUACGGGCCCGUGGGCCGCCGCUAUCGACCGCUGCGUCAAUGUGGGUCCCGCGUCCGCCCAGUUUCCUACCCACGUUCUCUCUUUCAACGAGCCGGACUUGUGCGGAGGUGGCGGUGCGUGCAUGCAAUCCACCAGGAAGGCCGUCGCAGCACACAAACAACACGUCGAUUCACUCCGCAAGUACGGCGACAGGAUCAAAAUCGGCUCACCUGCAGUCACCAACCAAGGCGCGCCGUGGGGUCUCACCUGGCUAAAAGUGUUCCUCCAGCAAUCCGACGGCUGCAAGAUAGACUUCAUCGCCAUCCACUGGUACGACGCCGCGUGGAACACCGAGUACUUCAAGCAGCACAUCCGCAACGCCCGCGCCGUCGCUAACGGCCGCCCCAUCUGGAUCACCGAGUUCGGUCCGCGGGGCUCGGAGGCGGAAGUCGAGGCUUUUCUCAAGGAGGUGCUGCCGUGGUUGGACAGCCAGGCGGAUGUGCAUCGGUAUGCUAUGCAGAUGGCUGCUCCGGGCUCGCUGGUCACCAGCGGCGGCAAUGGUCUUUCGGCUGUUGGGAACGUGUAUAACACUUACUAG